AUGGUUCGGUCAGAACGCUUCUUACACAGCUGUCCUUCGCUAACCCAAGCCCAGUCCCCGGCCCUCGCCACACCACAACCCAGCUCCACUCAGCGGGACGACCUGUUCACCCUCACAGCCCUAUGGGAACAGGCCCAGAAGCUCUUCCACCCUCACAGUCCUAUGGGAACAGGCCCAGAAGCUCUUCCCCCCUCACAGCCCUAUGGGAACAGGCCCAGAAGCUCUUCCCCCCUCACGGUCCUAUGGGAACAGGCCCAGAAGCUCUUCUCCCCUCACAGCCCUAUGGGAACAGGCCCAGAAGCUCUUCCCCCCUCACAGUCCUAUGGGAACAGGCCCAUAAGCUCUUCCCCCCUCACAGCCCUAUGGGAACAGGCCCAGAAGCUCUUCCACCCUCACAGUCCUAUGGGAACAGGCCCAGAAGCUCUUCCCCCCUCACGGUCCUAUGGGAACAGGCCCAGAAGCUCUUCCCCCCUCAUAGCCCGAUGGGAACAGGCCCAGAAGCUCUACCACCCUCACAGCCCUAUGGGAACAGGCCCAGAAGCUCUACCACCCUCACAGCCCUAUGGGAACAGUCCCAGAAGCUCUUCCACCCUCACAGUCCUAUGGGAACAGGCCCAGAAGCUCUACCACCCUCACAGCCCUAUGGGAACAGGCCCAGAAGCUCUACCACCCUCACAGCCCUAUGGGAACAGGCCCAGAAGCUCUACCACCCUCACAGUCCUAUGGGAACAGGCCCAGAAGCUCUUCCCCCCUCAUAGCCCGAUGGGAACAGGCCCAGAAGCUCUACCACCCUCACAGCCCUAUGGGAACAGGCCCAGAAGCUCUACCACCCUCACAGCCCUAUGGGAACAGGCCCAGAAGCUCUACCACCCUCACAGCCCUAUGGGAACAGGCCCAGAAGCUCUUCCACCCUCACAGCCCUAUGGGAACAGGCCCAGAAGCUCUUCCCCCCUCACAGCCCUAUGGGAACAGGCCCAGAAGCUCUUCUCCCCUCACAGCCCUAUGGGAACAGGCCCAGAAGCUCUUCCCCCCUCACAGCCCUAUGGGAACAGGCCCAGAAGCUCUUCUCCCCUCACAGCCCUAUGGGAACAGGCCCAGAAGCUCUUCCCCCCUCACAGUCCUAUGGGAACAGGCCCAUAA